AUGUCCUCUUGGGGAUAUUCUUUGCUGGCAGGCGUCUGCUUGCUUCCCCUGGCCUUUGGACAAGUCUUUGUUGGCAGCAACAGUUCGCAAACGAGCAUUUCGGUCUCUCUACCUGCGCCAGCCAACAUCUCAAGUAACUGCAAUGCAACAUUCACGACUGAAGUCACCUGUGACAGAAACCUUCCUAGCAUCGCUUUUGGCGGCUACUUCCCUAGCAGCGAUGACUUGACGGAGCUCUGCAACUCAGACUGCCUUCAGUCGCUUGAGUCACAACGCAUUGCUCAAGCAGACGCGUGUUCCUCGGACACCAUGAUGCUUGAGGGGAUGACCUAUCCCAUCACUGCCACGGUCGAUGUGUUACUUUGGGCAUACAACUACACAUGUCGACGUGACGCAAGCACAGGUGACUUUUGCCAGCCAAUAUUCGAUUCUUGGGCAAGUGGAAAUGCGUCCGACGAAGUCUGCAGCGACUGCGUCCUCGGAACAUAUCAGAUCCAGCUGGGCAGUGCCAUGGUCUACGAUGAUGAGCUGGCAUCUAACUUUUCAUCCAUGACCUCGUCUUGCCAGGCCACUGGCUAUCCCAUUACAUCGCCAACACCUCUUUACAUUAAUGCUACAGCCACGGCUACAGCAACAACAACAGCCUCUGCCACGCCUUCCAACUCCUGCGUGAGCAACUACACGGUUCAAGCAGGUGAUGACUGUCACUCCAUAAGCGUUUCCCAACAAGUAUCUACCAGCGAAUUACUAUACUUCAACAACUUGGAGGCCGGCUGCACCGACUUCCCCUCAGCUGGCACCUCGCUCUGUAUACCUCACACCUGUGAAGUGUACACGGUACAACAGAACGAUACAUGCUGGGACCUGGCUGAGGCGUCUAAUGGCACGUUCUCCAUUGCCCAACUCGUGUCGUGGAACAUUGAUAUCAGUAACGGAUGUGAGAAUCUCGAACUUCUCGUCGGGAAUCAGAUAUGUGUCACGUACCCCGGGGAGACGCCGGUAGUCUCGGCGACAGGGGCGGCAGCAACAGCGACAACAGCCCCCGUGCCGACCAAUGUCGUCGAGGGCACCAACACCAACUGUAGCAAGUACUAUCAGGUUGCCGACGAUGAUACAUGCGCCUCUAUCACGCAGAUAUACAGCAUCUCGCUGGCAGAUUUCUACUUCCUCAACCCAGAGAUCAACAGUACCUCCUGCAACAACUUGUACUUAGACUACAGCUACUGCGUACAGCCAGUGGGUGAUAUUUCGACCUAUGCCGGCUAUGGGGGUAGCUCGACCUCGGCGAAUCCUUGUAUUGGCGGGACUACCACGGCUCCGGAGAGCUGCUACGCCACCUCGUAUUCGACAAUCGAGGCGUGGACAUUCCCGCCAGUCAACACCACUGGCAAGACACCAGGCGCAAGCAACUCGACGACUUGGGUCUCUUACACCGUCAGCUCUGUGCCGGCAUACCCCGUGACAGCCACCAGCUACAACCCGACGCCGACUCCUUACCAAAGUGGAAUGGUUGCAGGAUGUACCGACUUCUACUUCGUUGUUGCGAACGACACGUGCGCCGACAUUGCAGAUCGUUGGGGAGUGUCAAUUGAUAAUCUGUAUGCCUGGAAUCCAGAUGUGAAGACAGAUUGCUCCGGCCUCAUUGCCGGCGACUACAUAUGUAUGGCGCAAGGAACCGGUACAGUCACAACAGCAUUGGCGACUGCAACAGCAACGGCAACCAGCACUGCCACGGCGACGACUACAAACGCGGCUUCCGCCACCGCUCCAGGUCCUACGCAAACAGGAAUUCCUGAUGACUGUGCUGACUGGGUUCUUCAGUCAGAUAACGUCUAUUGUGCUGACAUGGCGAAUAACGCUGGUAUCUCCCUUGCCUGCUUCUAUCAGAUGAAUCCAGCGGUGAACACAACGGCCGGCGAGUGUCAAGGGCUGUUGGCAGACUAUGCUUACUGCAUAGGAACUGAAUCUAACGAGUGUUCAUAA